AUGAAAUAUAUCAUUUUAGAUCCUCCAGUAUUGACUACUAAACCUCAGGUAGACGUAUCCAACACUACUGUAACAGUAACAUGGAACCAGUGGACAGACACUGUUGAUGAAGGAGAUGGUCCAGUAAUUGGAUACAAAGUCUGCUAUACAAUGAUUGGAGGUUCAUGGCUAUGCGUCGAAUGUGUCCUGAAUUUGACAGCCAGCUUUGUAAUUGAUAAAUUCCAACGAGGAUUAAGUUAUUAUUUUCUAGUUAAUGCAAUUCGUCCGGGAAACCUAGGAGAGGGCACUCACUCCCAUGCGACCUUAGUCACAAUCCCUUGUCUUUCUCCUGAGGUGGCGCCCACUAUUGUUGAUGUUUCGUCACUAGGUGUUAGUAAAAUUCAAGUACAAUUGCAGCUAAAUGAUACUGAGCAUUGGAGAUGUAAUUCACUGGAUAGUUAUAUAGUGGAAUACAAAAAGUCUGAGAGUGCAAGUUUCCUACAAAUACAAACUGCAACAGAUACAACAUCAGUGACAAUUUCUAACCUAGAACCUUGUACCAGCUACCAAAUUAAAGUUAAAGCUACAAAUUCUGGAGGGCUUGGACCAAGUUCUGGCAUAUUCACUGUUACAACAGAUGUACAAGAACCUGGUGAUAUUGCCUUCAGUAAUGGUGGCGUGAUCUCUUCUCUUGAUAACUUAAAUUUAAAUUGGAAUAUACCCAGCAACCCAGAAUGCAUCACUUCAUUUAAUGUAGACUACACACUGAUCAACUUAGAUCAAUGCAACACAAGUGUUAAUACAACUGAAAGCCAGCAAUUCUCAGCUACUGCAACUGAAGGUGUUUUAAGCAACCUGUCGAGUAAUUCCCACUAUAGAUUGUCUCUGUAUGCAGUACUUGGAAAUGAAACUACUGAUCCUUUUGUAACUGAAGCACAUACUUUAGAAUCAAAGCCAACUGGGAAACCAUUAGCUGUUUCGAAUCCGGAUUCUCAACCAACUAAAUUAUCCUUUACAUGGCAACCUCCGGAAUGUGGAAAGCGCAAUGGACCCAUAACAAAGUACAAGUCAAGGCUCAAAAACUCUUCUUAUAGUAACACUGAACAAAUGCCAGAAUUGUCUGUUACAUUCUCCUCAUUGCUACCAUGCACUGAAUAUAUUUUUCAAGUGAGAGCUGUAAGUGGACAGUUGCUUGGCCCUUGGAGUGAUGAACUGCAUGUAAAAACAGCUUUACAAGAACCUGACAAAGUCGAGAAUGUUAUAAUUAAUGGAAGUAGCAAAUCACUGCUGGUUACGUGGGAAGCUCCGGAUAUUCAAGGAUGUGAGAUUGGCUUUUACAAGCUAGAAUAUCAACUGGAAAAUCGAGGGAUGUGUGGUGAAAAUUUAGAGAGUAUUGGAGGAACGCUGAAUACAACCAGCACAAGCAUUAAGAUUCAUAAUCUAGAAGUGUUUUCACAAUACUUGGUAACAAUCCAUGCUGUUAUUGGACAGGUGGGAGGCUCUCACAACUCGGAAGGACAGGAAACCACUUCAAGCGGCAACACAGAUGAAGACG